ACUAUCGAAUGGGACGAGAAAAUAGAUCGAAAAGGUGUCCCAUCUUCCCCCAUCCCACUUAUAAAGAUAUAUUGUAAUAGCCAGGUAUUACUUGCCUCAAUAAUGCUGCUAAUAUAAACUGAAGUUUAAUUUUUGAAAUGGAAAUUGUGGCACCGCAUAACGGCCAUGGACUUUUGAAUGAAAACAAAUAUAUUCGUGAUGGUUCGAAAACUGUGCUAAACGAAAAGAAUUUUGAUGGAAUAGACUGCGACUACGUCACGCCUAACAACUUGCACAGCACAGUCAAUGACGAUGCAUUCGAAAUCGGGAAACGAUUCAAUCCUAAGCAAACAGAACCUGCUACCGGCACGGUCGAGCCCAAACAGGAUAACGACGUCAUAUCAAAUAAAUUAGGAACAGAAAGCAGGGAUGUGGCGCAGAAGGUUGAGGUAAAAGUUACUUUGCCCACCUUUGAAAUUGAACACUUUCCAAUUCGGGCAAUGCCACCUAUCAAUAACACGUUUCCGAAAUCGAGUGGUUGUUGUUGCAACUGUCACUGCGGCUCCUCGCACAGGCAUGAACUGGAACGAACUGACCAGUUCAGGCGAAGCAUGCUACAACAGCGUAGGUCGUCCCCCAGUGUUCUACGGCAAGGUUUUGAAUUGGGGGAAAGUUUUGACCGAAGAACAUGGACGUUGCCCUCCAUGUUUUCCUCCCAUCCUUACUGGGCUGGAAACACGAAUUUAGUUAUUGCUAAUUCCAACAACAACUGUGCUGUGGUAAGCGACAGGACAGAAACGAACGACAGAGAAAGUGAAAGGCAUGAUUCGACUACCAGUGGGACACCAGAAGGUUAUGGGGUCGAGUCCGGUUCACCCUCGUCCACCAUUAACAAGAAGUGGCAGCUCGGAAUUGUUAAAAACAAAGGCCUGCUGAUGCUUGUACUAACUUUGGUGAUCAUCACAAUUUCAACGUUAACUGCACUCAUAUAUUUUGUCGUGCUUGGAAAUCGUUCAGGAUUCAACCAUGGCGUGACAUCUACACCUUCAAACAUAAGUGUUCCUAAGGUACCAAUCGUGGACAUCAAGCUUAAUCAAACGCUAGUAUGCGGAGUAUUUCCGCAGCAAUAUCUUCCUUCGAGAAGCGUUCAAGGUCGUUCUAGCAACAUAAACACAGGUUUCCAAUUUAAUCCAAUGAUGCCUGAGAAUGAUACAAGAACUAACGUUACCGGUCGAGUCACUGGUUCUACACCAGCCAGUAUAUUGCAGUACCCGUGGCAGACGACAUCUAGCGACGUUAGCCCAACACCGCAUAUUGCUAACUUUCAGCAACCACUGAAUCGCAUGCUCUCUGUCGAGCCACGAGUGAUGGGUGGCCAAGACUCCCAAGUUGGGAGGUUCCUUUGGCAGGUUAGCCUGUGGGCAGAAGGACGAGGAAUGACCUGCGGCGGUUCUAUUAUUCUUAAGAACUGGAUACUGACGGCAGCUCAUUGCACAGCAGCAAAACCAAGAGCCUCAUCCUGGACAGCUUAUGUUGGUAUGUCUGCAUUGUCCCUUAAAGACAACAGUCCAGCACAGAAGCGAGAAAUCUCCCAAAUUAUCCAGAAUAGUUUAUAUGAUGACAUCACCUACGACUACGAUGUCAGUCUUAUGAAACUAAAGAGUGACCUCGUAUUCAAUGACUACGUCCAGCCAAUUUGCCUACCUCCUCCAAACCAUGUAUUCCCUUCCGGAAUGCCGUGUUAUGUCAGCGGUUGGGGAGAGCUUGACGAUUCAGGUAAUUCUCCUCAUCCUGAUGUUUUACAACAUGCGCAAAUAGAUAUCAUCGGCAACGAAACUUGUUCAAGGCCUGAUUGGCUGCAAAAUUUGUUGACAAGCCGAAUGCUAUGCGCUGGAAAAAUUGAAGGGAAAAAAGAUGCAUGUCAGGGAGAUUCCGGUGGCCCUCUGUCAUGCUAUGUGCCAGACGAAGGCGUUUGGAUGUUGGCCGGAAGUGUAAGCUGGGGAAUCGGUUGCGGCCAGCCGAAAUUACCUGGUGUAUACGCACGUAUGACUUUCUUCACUGAAUGGAUUUGGAGAAGCAUUGCUCAAAACGACCAAUCAGUGGUUUAAACGGAAGGAUGACACGCCAAGUAAGCAAUAUACAUCACAUCGUAUCAGGGUCUGGUAGAGUUUACAAAACGACAACUAGAGUUUUCUUGCUUGAUCAACGUACGCCUGUCGCCUUCCAAAAGACAAUUUUUCAUCGUCAGGAUUUGAUAUCAUGGAUUUACUCGUUAUCAGAUCUCCCUGUUUCCCAGUUGCCUAUUAAGAUUUUUAAAUUAAGCACUGUGGCUAUUUUUCUCUUCUUAAAAAUUCACUUGCCGUCGCACUAUUUAAAUUGUGAAACUAGAGUAUCAAUUAAUAAUGAUUUUAGGCUUUACUCAUAAAUGUUUGGAUCUUCACCUCUCAUUGAAAUAUACAACUCGUAAAACGGGAAACCCUUUUAUAU